AAAAAAAUCGCUGACUAGUUAUGGAAAUGCGACUGUUUGGAUACUACUUGGUUCUGCUCAACGUGAAGCAAGUCAUAGCAAGUUAUCCAGUGUGGUGGUCGUUGGCCGUCAGUCAUCAAUACUCCACGCUGGCAACUCACCCCAUCCUGUGCGGAAGCAUCCCCGGACUGGUACCCAAGCAACUCCGCUUCUGCCGCAACUACAUGGAGAUCAUGCCCAGCGUGGCCCAGGGGGUGAAGAUUGGCAUUCAGGAAUGCCAGCAUCAGUUCCGCGGGAGAAGGUGGAACUGCACGACCAUCGAGGAUAAUUUGGCAAUCUUCGGGCCCGUCUUGGACAAAGCCACGCGGGAGUCGGCCUUUGUCCACGCCGUUGCGUCCGCCGGUGUCGCCUUCUCCAUCACCCGCUUCUGCGCGGAGGGCACGGCCAACAUCUGCGGCUGCGACGGGCGGCACAAGGGGCAGCCGGGCGAAGGCUGGAAGUGGGGCGGCUGCAGCGAGGACGUGGAGUUCGGCGGCAUGGUGUCGCGGGAGUUCGCCGACGCCCGGGAGAACCGGCCCGACGCUCGGUCCGCCAUGAACCGGCACAACAACGAGGCCGGCCGCAUGGCCAUUUUGGACCACAUGCACCUGAAAUGUAAGUGCCACGGCCUGUCGGGGAGUUGUGAAGUCAAGACCUGCUGGUGGUCUCAGCCCGACUUUCGUGUGAUUGGGGAUUACCUGAAGGACAAGUACGACAGCGCCUCGGAGAUGAUGGUGGAGAGGCACCGGGAGUCGCGGGGUUGGGUCGAGACCCUCAGCCCCAAGUACGCCCUGUUCAAGGCUCCAACCGAGAGGGACCUGGUCUACUAUGACCCGUCGCCGAACUUCUGCAGCCACAACCCCGAGACGGGCUCGUUCGGCACCCGCCACCGCCAGUGCAACCUGACGUCGCACGGCAUCGAUGGCUGCGAGCUGCUGUGCUGUGGUCGUGGCCAUGACACCAGGACGGAGAGGCGCAGGGAGAAAUGCCACUGCAUCUUCCACUGGUGCUGCCACGUCAGCUGCCAGGAGUGCACGCGCGUCUACGACGUUCACACCUGCAAGUAGCGGCGGCAAACGGGGGGCGCACAGUCCUCGCUGACGAGACACACACGCGCACGUGCACGCACACACACACACACGCACACACGCACAAGGCUGGAGUAACUCAGUGGGAACCAGCUGCAACACGUACGGAGAGGUGACCAAGCGUUCGGGUCGAGACCCUUCGUCACCAACACCAGACCCAUCACCGACACCCAUGGUCCUCGCUGAAGUAUCUCACCACGUUGGGAGGUCAUGGCUCCAGGCCGGGACUGUCUUCACUUGGUCCUCCUGCCUUGGGAGACGAGGCCUCUGAAAUGACUAAUGUGGAACUAAUGUUGGCCAGAACCAGACUGCGAAAAAUAUAGCUGACACAAACACGACGCAAGAGACUGCAAGUGCUGGAAUCUUGAGCAAAAAGAAACUAACUACUGUUCUAUGUUUAAGAAAGAACUGCAG